AUGUGGCCCUUGUUUAAGGAUAGCUCCAGCUUUCAAUGCUCUGAGUAACAAAUAUCCCCAGGCAACUUUUUUGGAAGUAGAUGUACAUCAAUGCCAGGGAACAGCUGCUACCAAUAAUAUAUCAGCAACACCGACAUUUCUGUUUUUCCGAAACAAAGUGCGAAUCGACCAAUAUCAAGGAGCAGAUGCUGUAGGUUUAGAAGAAAAAAUUAAACAGCACCUGGAGAAUGAUCCUGGAAACAGUGAAGAUACAGAUAUCCCGAAAGGAUAUAUGGAUUUAAUGCCAUUUAUCAAUAAAGCCGGCUGUGAAUGUCUUAAUGAGAGUGAUGAGCAUGGAUUUGAUAAUUGUUUACGUAAAGACUCUACCUACUUGGAAUCAGACUGUGAUGAGCAGCUACUUAUUACUGUAGCUUUUAGUCAACCUGUCAAGCUUUAUUCUAUGAAACUUCAGGGGCCAGAUAAUGGGCAAGGUCCAAAGUACAUAAAAAUCUUUAUCAACCUUCCUCGAUCUAUGGAUUUUGAAGAAGCAGAAAGAAGUGAACCAACUCAAGCCCUGGAGCUGACACCGGAUGAUAUUAAAGAAGACGGGAUUAUCCAGCUUCGCUAUGUAAAAUUUCAGAAUGUUAACAGUGUAACUUUGUUUGUCCAAUCCAAUCAUGGUGAUGAAGAGACAACAAGAAUUACAUACUUCACGUUUAUUGGAACUCCAGUCCAAGCGACAAAUAUGAAUGACUUCAAGCGAGUAGUUGGCAAAAAAGGAGAGAGCCACUAGGACGCAAAAGACACUGGAAGGCCUUAUCGCAAUCAAAGAGAUCUUCACUUUUAUCUACAACUCCUGGAUAAUUGCUUGACCAUAACCAGAGACUGUCAAUCUGUUUCAUUUAAUGCCAUUACCAAUAAAUCAUUGCUUU